AUGGCUUUGUCUGGUGAGCUCGUUGCGGACAUCUCGUUCAAGCUGGCACAGGUGCAAGAGGGCGAUCGACUUGUAAAGACGGUGCAUGCGGCUAUCAGCCAGCUUGAGUCGCAGGGCCAGGUCUACACGAUGCAGCUUCAACCGACCAUGGUCGGGAUCAGUUCCCAGAACCGCGACGGGAGCGGGAUUAAUCCCGUAGAUGUCCACGAUCUUCUGGGCGACAUAGUUCAAGCCGGCUGGCUUGAUGCCAGGGUUCAGGCUAUCGCCCAUGAGCCAACUGGGCAAGAGGACAUCGAUUGGAAUGUCCGUCUCUUCCAAAGCAUGCAUGAUCGCUGUGGGCCCCUGGAGCCCACGAUGAUCAAAGCACUCUCCCUGGCAGGGUCACACACAAACUCGGUCUUGCGGUGCUUCCACUAUGAGGUCAUGCAUGAAGGAGACGAGACCGUGUGUCAUGAUGGAAGACUCAGCAUGGAGCUGCUUCGGCGGCACGAUCCGGACUUCGCGAGGGCGGUUCGCGAAGGAGUCGUUUGGAAGAUCUUGUCAAAGCACGUCGCUGCCCAGCUGCCGCAGCUGUUGGGGCUUGUCCAAAGGAUGGGAAACGCCACACUUCACCGUGGCGAACACGAGCUCCAACUGAUGAGACGGCUGCAUCAGACUUGGGUCCAGAUGAGCUCUCAGGGUUCUGUGGACUUCCUGGCACUGAAAAGCAAAGUCACCACGGGGAAGUCCGUGCAUGGCAAGUCCAUGCCGCAUCUUUACAGUUUCGUGUUGAAGACUGCGGGUGGCACAGAUCCGUUCUUGCUCAACGAGACUGAAACCUUCGUUAGGUUGCAUUCCCCCAGCACACGAUCAUUGGGACCUGGUUUCUGGGAGAAGGUCAGUGCCGAUGUCAAAGGUUCCAACCAAUUCCCACGGUUCCGGCAUGCCAUGGUGAAGCUUGCAUACUGCAAAGAAGCUGUGGGGUCUGCCGAGUGCAAGAAGAUGUUGCACAAGGAUUCGACGGCCUCUGUCAAGGAGGCAGACACCAUCAUGAGCACGUGGCGAAAGCUGGUGACGGCCCUGCCGAAUGGUGCAGAGCUUCUCAUGAAACCCGAAGUGCAGACCUGCUUGUCCUAUGGGGACAUGUCCUUGGCUGCCUUCACCCUGAAUGUGAUGUUGCCCGGUGAAGACUUGAAGAAGUAUAAGACGAGCCAAGCUCUGGCCCAUGACCUCGUCCUGAUUUUGGAAGGCAUCCUCAAAACAGACCUGCAUGGGCCCUGGGCGGCACACAAGGUCGCAGAUUCGGGUGAGGCAUCGGGUUCCAAACCGGCUGGAGCACCCAUGGCCAUCAUGAGGGAGCUGAGCUCCGACGGCUCGGUGAAAGAUUCAGCGCUGAUGCUGGCCGAGUCCGGCUUUUCAGUCGGCCAACAUGUCCGUCGCAAGGCGGAUCAGGAAACUGGCCAGGUGACGGCGAUCGAGCUUGGCCGUGUCAAGCUGAAGCAACCCUCGGGGUCCGUAGUGCGGGUGUCGAUCGACAGCUUUCUCGCAGGCCACUGGCAGGUCUUCACACCGAAGCCAGAGCCACAGACGAUCGAUGACUUGUCAGUGUAUUCGCCUUUGAACUUCCCCGAAUACGAGCGACAGAUGCUGUUGGCAUGCUUGUACAUGGACAUGCAUGAGCUCAUGCAAAAGCACGACACGAAUCCCAUGCUGCAGAAGCUCAGGGUCACUUUGAAGCCUCGUAAGUCAGUCCAAGCCACGGCAUUCAUCCCGAAAAACAAGCUCAUCAUGGUCCCCAUGGGUUUGACGAUCAAGCACGGUCAGAAGAAGCCCGAGGAUGCGAUUUUCGAUAUCAUCACCCCCAUGAGUGACUACUUCUUCUGGGUUGUUUCGUUCAUUCAGAUUCCGAAAGCCGAAGGGGAUGCUGGCUUCAUCAAUCCUGCAUUCCUUGUGCAGCCGCUUCCCGUGAGUGACACUUGGAAUUGUGAGGUUUCGCAUGUCAAGUCCAAUCGAGACAAGAAGGUUCAACUCCCCAUCCUCAAGAACACCCUGGACCUGCAGCAGGACGAUGUGCUGUAUAUGCCAAAGACCGAGAAGACUGUGCACGUCGAGGCCUUGCAGGCUGACACCCCGCCAAGGAAGCGAAUCUGCUCCAAGAAGCCGGGAGACUCCUGA